UCAAUAAUAUUUCGGUUUUUUUAUAAACAAAAUGGCGGGCAGAGUGAGUUGUCAAAACGACGUAAAGUGCGAUAAACUUUCUUUUUCAUGAAGUAUGCCUCAAACUUCUCCUGUAAAAGGUAGCGACAGACAGCCGACAAACAAUCGCUAUGGAGCCGUGUCAAAACCAAAGCUGUUAUCCUUGCAAUCAGCAAAAAAGAAGGCAGAAAAUUACGCUGCAAAGAACGACAAGAAAGCGCGCGUAGGAGCUAAGAAAGCUGUGUUGCAAGAACUAAACACACAUCUUGCCAUCAGAGCUCAGGGAUUACAACUAAAGCUGCACGAUGAUCGAGGAGAAAAUCCCUACAGUGUAGGAAAGAUUGUCAAAGACAAGAGAAAACCACCAGUAGCCAAGCACAAGACUGUGAGAAAAACAGAAGAGAUUGUCACCGAUGAAGUAGUCCAAGAGAAAGUUAAAGCAAAACCCUCAGGGUAUGACUGGGACAUGCAUGGGCGACAAGCUGAGCACAGGAUAAGGUACUUAGCAAGAAAGUACCUUAUGCUUUGGCAGAAGCACACAUAUGGUCAAAUAACACCAUCUUUAGCAAGGUUACACUACCACAAGUCUUUACAGCGUCAAGUUUUGAAAGUGUGGCAGGACAUCUGGUGGGCAUCACGGAAAGGAUGGAAACUCAACAUCCGAGCAGAUUAUCAUAAUAGGUACAGGAUAUGGCAAAGGACAUUUAAAGCCUGGAAGCUAUUUGUCAUGCUUUCUAGGGCAAAAAAGACAAAAAUAAAACUUGCUUCUCAAUAUGCUGAAGGUAAAUUGACGGAGACAUGCAUCAAAGCAUGGAAACAAUACAUUAGUUCUAGAAGAUUCAAGAAAGUUCAAUGCAAGAUUGCAGAGAGGCAUUCUAACACAUUGAUAAUGAGGAGAGCAUGGCAACAAUGGGGUCAUCAGAUGUCAAUCAAAUAUGAGUUGUCUAUUAUGGAAACCCAAGCAAUGCAGUUUUGGGCCUGGAAUCUGAUGCAGAAGGGGUGGUCAGUGUGGGCUGCAGCAUAUUGUACCAGGCAGAAGGAGAAGUCCAAGCUAGCUGCAGCUGAGGGCUACUUCAACAAAAGACUGAUGUCCCACACAUGGGUAGCUUGGAAAAGCUAUAGAGCAUCCAAGAGGCUCAGCAACUUACAGAAACGUGUGGCAGAUAGGCAUUUUUAUAACAGAACUUUGCAGCAGGCAUUCAAAGCAUGGACAAGCCGGUGGCAUCGGCAGAAUGAACUUGCUCAGUUUGAAGAGAUCAUAUCCAGCAGAGGUGCUGCUGCAUCAAUGAGAAGAUCUUUUAUACACUGGAAGUUUUAUGUUUGGCUACAACACAGGAAAUACGAGAAGGAGGAACUGGCAACUGCACAUUACAGAAAACAUCUAUUAAGCACUGGUUUAAGUUGCUUCCAACUGCAAGUUGUUGAGCGGCGGUUGAAAAUAAUGCGUGACAGAAUGGCAAAAGAAGCUUGCUAUAAACUGACAUUGCGGAGAGCCUGGAUUGUUUGGCUGAAGAGAUGUGAGCACUCAGAGGAACUCAAGCUGUACGUGCUCACCAGGACUGCAAGAACCCACUACAGUCUUGGUCUGCUCCGUGUUUCACUGCAUGGAUGGGUGCGUUACUGUCAAUGGAGACGGCACAGACGGGCGCAGUACCUCACUGCUGACCUACAUUACGGACAAGUAGCAUUGCCAAGGUUUUUCUUGAGGCUGCGGGUGUUUGUCGAUCUAAUGCACGAAAAACGAGAAGACAAUCAUGCUGCUGCCAAAUUUAGAAGGGAAGUGUUGUUCGCACAAACUUUCUACAAAUGGCUGGAGCUCUACCGUCUUCAACAGGAUGUCAGAAUGCUGAACCGAAUGGCCAUCCUCCACUAUGACGAGGUCCUUAAGAGCAGGUUUAUCAAAUACUGGGCGGGGCAAGCGAGGGAAAAACUUCGUUUAAAUAGACUGGAGGAUAUAGCUAUUUCCCAUUGCAACCACAAAAGGAUGGAGAAAGCUCUUUGCCACUGGAGGAAUUUUGUUAGAGACACAAAAGACAGCCGGAGCUCUCAACACACUGCUGUGAAACACUACUACAUCAGCCUGCUAAAGUGGACGUGGUCGGCAUGGGUUAAGUUUACAGAACGCAAGCGUGUCAAAUGGCGGAAGCGAGCGGUUGCUGAUUUACACUAUUCUAAUCGAGUACUUAGUCUGACACUUCAGGCGUGGAAGGUUUAUCGCGUCCGAUGUGUUCAAGCUCAAACCACGGCAGACGAGCGAUACCGGGAGUACAACAAGCUUGUAUUGAGGUAUGUAAUGGCGGCAGACGAGCGAUACCGGGAGUACAACAAGCUUGUAUUGAGAGAAUCAUUUGAAAGCUGGCGAGAACAUGCUGUCGAGCAUAAGGCAAAUCGACGUGCGCACCACUUGGCGAAGAAGACGUGGAAGCGACGACUACUGUCCAAGGUCUUAAUUGCGUGGCAUGUCUACGCGAUCGAGCAUUCUGUGAAAGCAGAGGAAAUGCGUGCACGAGUACAAGAGACGAAAAAGGCGCUAGACCGCGGUAAGCUUCGUCGCGCUCUCCGUGCCUGGACGCUUUAUUCCCAGCACUCGGUUGUACAGCGCUCGUUACACCACUCCUCUGUCUCGCAUCACAACAAGGUGGUGCUUCGUAAGGCUCUUGACGCUUGGAAGGCGUACACCAAACUCUGUUUUAGAGUUCAGAUACUUAACCGUCAAUCGAUGUGGCUUCACAACCGUAGGAUUUUGUCAUAUCACUUUGCAAGGUUAAAAAGUCGGUACUCGGAGUCUAUGGCUUUGAAAAGGAAGUCGACCCUCGCUUUGUGGCACUGGAGUGUGGCCUUACAAAGACGGGCGUUCUUCGCAUUGCUUGAGUAUGCGAUCGCGAAGAAACACAAGAAGAGCCGCAUUGAGCAUGCGCUACGAGAGCGUCGCUCCAAGCUCCUACGUGAUGGCGUCACACGCUGGAUGCAGGUAGUCCAUCACUUGGCGUGCUUAAGGAGUCGAUAUGCGCAAGCGAGGCAUCUGGAAGCAGCCAGGGGGGUGCAAGAGUGUGUGUACCGCUGUGCCAUGCACUGGAGACGAUGGGCCUCCGAAAGAGCACGGAGGAGACCUGCCUCCCCCCGACCUCGCCCUGUAGAAUACCUCAAGGAGAAACAGGGCCUGAGGGAAAAGCCCGUACCGGGUAUUAGAGAGACGGAAACAAACAAAGGGCAAGUUGCAAUGAAACUGGAUCUUUUUAGAACUCGCCCGAGGCCUCGUGUGCCUGAUUACCUCCGAGAGUCGUACGACUUACCAAGUAUCACCAUAGAAACAGACAAGCGCCCAAUCCCUGCUGUCAACACUUCUGAAACACCAAGGGACCCAAACGACAAACAGGAAGACAUUCCCCGUUCCUCUCCUCCCCGACCAUCACCGAGACCACAACUGGCGACGAGUCCAUCUAGAGAGGAGUCUAUAGUGUUCCCACCUUCAUCAGAGGGGGAGGGAGAGUCGUUCCUCAGCACCAAGAGUUUCCCUCCACGAUAUCGCUCCAAAGAAGAGUCAAACAGUACCGUGCCCUCCUUAAGGCCAUUUCCUGGAGAUGAGCCUCACAGCGCUGCGAACGCUCUAAUGCCACCUGCUAGGGAAGUGCUUCGCAUCUCUGCAGUAAAUUCCACAGCAAUACCGCGGUCAAAGUGCCCCUCGUCGAACCCAGUAUUGCUUCCUCCGUCGACGUUUGUACCUAAGAAGAGAACAACGCCGAUAAAGAAAGGACGCCCAACAAAUAACCCUUGUAUCCGAGGUUACGGGCGCCAGUCUUUGUCAGAUUCCGAGAGUCCUGAGGAUGUCCAUUCCGAUGUUUCCAGUUCAGAAGAAGAGGUAGAUAAAGGCAUGGAUAUUACUAUUUUACAAAGUCGCAUCCUCGGCGCCCGAGACAAGCUACAAGAAUACCAGGCCUUGAAACUAAAGCACAGAGAUACGGUACGGCAGCGAGAUGAGCUCGAUGACGUCAUAAGACAACAAGCCUCUGAUCCUGAAGCGUUGGAGACUUUGAGAGAUGCUCAAGCGCUCCUAGACGAGCUUAACAACGAGAUAGAUACUUUGACUAGAAAGCUCAAGGAAGAACGUCCUCACAUGGAACAGUUGGCAGCGCACAUCAACGAGCUGGUUUCAGGAGCCAAUAAGCCCUCGUGUUGAGUACUUGGCGAAGACAUCAUCGGGUGCCAAGAAAGUUUUGGUGCUCACAUUGAGUAGUUUGCAGCGCACAUCAACGAGCUGGUGUCCAGAACUGGACUUGCUGGAUAUUGACACGCCCAGAAACAACAACACAUCAACAAGCUGGGUUCAGGAUUGUUGAAUACAUCACGUAUCAAUUAGCUAAGGACCAGAACUGGACUGGUUGCAGUGGUAUGACUAUAAAAAUUAAAAACUAUUGACAAUAAAAAUUAUAGACAAGUUGUAGAGCAACUACAUAGGUUGUCUGCUUAGGCUUUGGUGGAUCAGGGAAAUAAACCAACAGAAGCGUUAGCCAUUCAUCGGUGCCAACACUCUAAACAUCAGCGCACAGCAUACCAUUUCUGUUGAUUUAUUUCACUUGAUUUGUUGCAGAUUGACGCAAGUUUUACUUUGUAAAAUAACGAGGUCGAUAUUUUUGUACACUUAAACAACACACAAUAAACGCGUUUGGACAUUGGAA